AACCACACCGCGCGGCUCCACCGCAGAAGCCGCCAUCUUCCACCGCCGAACCGAAACGAGACCGCGCGAGUUAAACACCCUAUCCUACUUCCUCUGAGUAGAAGCUGUCCUACCACCCGCCGAAGCAACGGCCAGGUGAAGAAUCAUCGUCGCCGCGACGACGGCUAACUGCGACGGCGAAGGACAUCCGGGACACGCUGCGAUUCUCGCGGCGGAAAAAUUUCGGAUCGGUGUUGAUGUGCGCGAAUGAGAAUGCAACGCGGAUCGUGAUCGUUCGCCUUGAUCGUUGCAACCUCAAGUCUCUUCGACAGUGUUUAAGAAUCUCUUAAUCAUCAUUCGCCUCUCAGUUGAAAUGUUUUCGUGAUUGAUCAAGAUUUCGAUCGGCGAGGGAGAUACACGUGUCAGAUGCUGUGCGCGGUCCUCGCCAAAGUUCGGCGAUACUUCGCGCAGUGAGCGCCGCGUACGGAAAACAUACGGUUUAUUUGAAAAAAAAAACUUUCUCCGACGUAUAAUUUUUAGUGAAAAUACGUACUAAUGAAAGACAGAAAGUGCGCGAACAUGAUGACAUCGAUCAUGAGGACCGCCGGUGCGAGAUAGUAUUUCAAAUCCGCGCGAUUAAAAAGGUACUUCUCCACAAAUUUGUUUCAAUAAAGUUAACUGCUGGUUAACGAGCAGAUGUAAAGUAACCGCGAGUGAUCCUUCGUCAUCGAUAAGACGGCGGGCGGAAGACACGAUAGAAACGGGAAUACUCAGAAACAAGGGUCGUCGAGAUUGCCGACGAUUCCAAUAAAACGAAUUUUCUCCGCGAGUUGGCAAUCGAGACGAAGAAGAAUUUACAAACGGAUGCCUCCGUCCCGCGGCAGGAUAAUGAAAUAAGGAUCAAAGAAGUCUAGGGCCCCGCGCGAGGGCCGAGAAAGCCGUCGAAGAGUCGCGCGUGCCACUCCAUUCUAAAGGAAACAAAUCCAAUUGUCGUUGAAAGGAGAUACCGGCGUGCAUUCGUAAUGCGCUCCUCGUCAUCAGUGAGAUCAAUCUGUACUUGUAUUCUUAAAUCAACGUCAAAUAAACCAGAUGCAUCGAUCAUUCGUGCACGCCGAAUAUAAUCAUUAAUCUGAAUGAGAAAAACUUCGGUUCGCGAAAUAAGAGACUGCAAUUAUUUAAUAAAAUAAAAGAUAUUUUCUAAAGCUCAGACGUAUCAUCAAAGGACCAAGUAUCAUAUCGGAAUUGAUCAGAAGGAUCGAUCUUCUCGCGAGUCACGUGUACAAUUUGCUUCGUCUCGAAUUCGGAAGAGAUAAGACGCAAACAAUUGAGCAACCGAGCUCCUCCGGCAAGCUUGCAGGGAAAGGCGAUAUCUCGAUCAAGGAAGAAUCUAAUGAUAUCGUUCUCAUGACGAAUCCUUCGCGAGAUGUUCGACCAGAGGAUCGGCCUCCCGGUCUAGACUAUCCUGAUCCUAGGUCAGUGCGUGGCGGUCAUCAAGCGCAUCAAGCAAACACGGUGGGUCAGAUCGGCGGGCCUAGAAUACGGAGGACCCGAGCGUCCUCGAGGAGAAGAAUGCAUUUGGCCAACGAGGUUCCUCCUCAAGGUUCGGCCGGCGGAAAUCAUCUUUCCGAUUAUGCUCUCACCGCCGAUCUGCUCGCCGAGAGAACACUCGAUGGACUUCUCGCCGAGCAUCCUGGAGAACUUGUUCGUACAGGUUCCCCACAUGUGGUCUGCACGGUAUUGCCGUCACAUUGGCGGUCGAACAAGACCCUUCCGGUAGCCUUUAAAGUAGUAGCCCUCGGCGAUGUCGGGGACGGUACCCUUGUAACUGUUCGGGCCGGAAACGACGAGAAUUGUUGCGCGGAAUUGCGGAACUCUACCGCCCUAAUGAAAAAUCAAGUCGCCAAGUUCAACGAUCUCAGAUUCGUCGGUAGAAGUGGCAGAGGGAAGAGCUUCACCCUGACGAUCAUGCUGCAAACAUCGCCGCCGCAGGUGGCCACCUUGUCGAAGGCAAUCAAGGUGACCGUGGACGGUCCCAGAGAGCCACGUUCCAAAACACGGCACCAGGCCUUUCAUCCCUUUCACUUCGGGCCUCGUCCGUUUCCCUUCGGACACCCGCAGGACCCGUUGGGAUUCAAGCUGUCGGGAUUGCAACACCUGGGUCUGGAGCAAGGAGCGGGCCAGGGAUGGGGCGGGUUACCCCGAGGAUCUCUACCGCCGCACUGUCUUCCACCGCCCCCCGGCCACCACCCGCACACACAUCCACAGCCAGUUGGUGCAUCGGCCUUCAACCCCUUCCACCAUGCCAUCGAACAGAGAUCCCCGAGGCUGCCUGGACCUAACGCCGAAUCCGCGAGGAGUGACUUGGGUCCUAUCAGCGUGUCGGUGCGAGAAGUAACGCCGACAACGUCACCCGGAAAUCCCGGACCGGGCUUGCUGACGACGGCUUCCGUAACGGCGCCGACGCCUCCCGCCGAAUCGACCACUACUACCACGACGCCCAGCCCGUCUGGACAUCAUUCACAUUUUCAAGGUCUUCAUCUACUGGGUGCGACGGGAUCCAUCUUUGGAUCGAUAUUCGCACCUUUGUUACCGCAGUCCUCUUGGCUCUACAAUCCUUUAUAUCACACGCAGCAGUACAUCUUGGAACCGGAUUGGCACGCUCUGGCCUUAAGAAUGGCACAGCAGCGACUACAAAGGCCGGAUCAGGCCCGGCUCGAGGAACUCAGAAAGCUACGAAGCAGCAGUGACAGUCCUGAGAGCAGUACGAAGGAUGAGGAGCGGAGGGGAGACGAUCAAGGCGCUUUGCGUAGAUCCGGAUUGGAUAGUCCUGACGAUAGCAUCGAAGUGGAUGAUAGAAACGAUCAAGAGCUGAACAGAGACCGCGUUAGAAGCGACGAGUCUAUACCCGAGCAAGAUUCCCCGAGAAUUUCGCCGAUUAGAAGCGACCUGGAAGACGCCGCAUCCACUGACGCCACCUUCCAAGAAGCGUCGAUUCGUCUACGGCAGAGCAUAGAGAAUCUGAACGACUCGGAUCUGCCGAUCGAUCAGGAUCAGAUCGCCCGUCGCGGCGACCUCACCGUGAAGAUACGUUUAGAAGGCACGGUCGAUCUCAGCACGAAGAAGGGUCAGGAUAAGGAGAACGUUGGUCAGGAUCUGACGAUGCGAAGAAAGGAUGAUGGAAUAGACGUCGAGAGGGAAGCCAUUAGAUCACGAAGAGAGAGAAGUCCCAAGCCUAGACAGGUGUGGAGACCUUAUUAAAGCGAGUUCGCUCUGUGAACAUCCAUUCACCGCGACGAUUUUGACGAAUUUGACGAUUAGAAUGAAAAAUUAACUAUGUUGUCGAGGGCGUAUGGAUUCAACUAAAUAUGAUCUAGACAAAUUUUAUCGUGUGUUCUUUAAAAAAAAAAAAAAAAAUGUUUUUGCUAAAACAAAUCAGCGGAUGUUGAUUAAUCUCGUCUUAAUUCGAAACUAAUUACAAAGGCAGAGCUUGCACGAUGUUAUAGAUUAAUUUAGCAACGCUAAGCGAUGUAUCAUCAUCGUCAAGUUGUUCAGAAAUAAACAGUACAUGCCGGUUGGCAUGCUCGAACGUCUCGCGCAAUGUAACGCGGUAAUCGUCUGCUUGGAAAUUAAUUAUCAAAAGUUUCGGACGAACGUUUUUGUCGGGAUUACUUAUCUAUCCUUAUACCCGUUGCGGUAUCGUCUAAGAACUGUCAUGGACUCGAGGACUAACCAGGGUUUACGUUCACGUAUAGUACAUGUACAUAUAUAAUAACGUCCGAUUAUUAUCUAGGUUAAUGUUUCAAGUACACGUUAAGCCACUACCCUCUCGUCAUUCCGAUUAAAAAUACUUGAAUUUCCUAAAUGUCUCGGCUACACGAGUAUGCUAUUGUGACUCGCGCGAUGCGCCCUUAAAUAUUUUAAUCCUGAAGAACAAGUUUCUUCAAUCAAGAUGUAUUUCUUAUUCGCGCUUCAAUUUUUUAUUCUCUCAAAAUGCUGUAUUGUCGAUAAUUUAGAAAAAAAGAAACUCUGUAAAGAAAAUACUCGUGUGGCAGAUGACAUUUGGUUUCCCGGUGCAAGCGAAAUUACGAGUAGCUUACGUUGUAAAUAUCACCAUUCUAAAAACUUCAAAUCCUGGCCGAGUCACAUUUUUCGUCAAGCCGUUGCCUCGCUUUCAUGUGGCAAUGCCGUUGUUGCUCGAGGCAAAUAUUGAUAUAACCGUGGAAAAAUCUCAUUGUAUAAUUAUCGUCCACGAGUCGUCUUGAUGACACUGUAUGUAUG